UCGAUUAGGCAGGAGGCGGCGGCGCGCCGGAGGCGGCCGGAAGUAGCCGAAGCGAGCGGCGGAAGUAGCCGAAGCGGCUAGAGCGGGCGGGCGGCAAGGCGAGGCGAGAGCUGCACAGGGCCCUACGCGGCCGCCUCAGCAUGUCGGACUUCGACGAGUUCGAGCGGCAGCUCAACGAGAAUAAGCAAGAGCGAGACAAGGAGAACCGGCACCGGAAGCGCAGCCACAGCCGCUCACGCAGCCGCGACCGCAAGCGCCGCAGCCGGAGCCGCGACAGGCGCAACCGGGACCAGCGGAGCGCAUCCCGGGACCGGCGGCGGCGAAGCAAACCUUUGACCAGAGGCGCUAAAGAGGAGCACGGUGGAUUGAUUCGCUCCCCCCGCCAUGAGAAGAAGAAGAAGGUCCGCAAAUACUGGGACGUGCCGCCGCCCGGCUUUGAGCACAUCACCCCCAUGCAGUACAAGGCCAUGCAAGCUGCGGGUCAGAUUCCAGCCACCGCCCUCCUCCCCACCAUGACCCCGGACGGCCUGGCUGUGACCCCGACGCCGGUGCCUGUUGUGGGGAGCCAGAUGACCAGACAGGCCCGGCGCCUCUACGUGGGCAACAUCCCCUUCGGCAUCACUGAGGAGGCCAUGAUGGACUUCUUCAACGCCCAGAUGCGCCUGGGGGGGCUGACGCAGGCCCCGGGCAACCCCGUCCUGGCUGUGCAGAUCAACCAGGACAAGAACUUCGCCUUCUUGGAGUUCCGCUCGGUGGACGAGACCACCCAGGCCAUGGCCUUCGACGGCAUCAUCUUCCAGGGCCAGUCGCUGAAGAUCCGCAGGCCUCACGACUACCAGCCCCUGCCCGGCAUGUCGGAGAACCCCUCCGUCUACGUGCCUGUCUGUCCCUUCCUCCUCCCCCCAGGAGUGGUGUCCACGGUGGUCCCGGACUCUGCCCACAAGCUGUUCAUCGGGGGCUUACCCAACUACCUGAACGAUGACCAGGUGAAGGAGCUGCUGACAUCGUUCGGGCCUCUCAAGGCCUUCAACCUGGUCAAGGACAGCGCCACCGGGCUCUCCAAGGGCUACGCCUUCUGUGAGUACGUGGACAUCAACGUCACGGACCAGGCCAUCGCGGGGCUGAACGGGAUGCAGCUGGGGGACAAGAAGCUGCUGGUCCAGAGGGCGAGUGUGGGAGCCAAGAACGCCACGCUGGUGAGCCUCCCGAGCACCAUCAACCAGACGCCCGUGACCCUGCAAGUGCCGGGCCUGAUGAGCUCGCAGGUGCAGAUGGGCGGCCACCCCACGGAGGUGCUGUGCCUCAUGAACAUGGUGCUGCCCGAGGAGCUGCUGGACGACGAGGAGUACGAGGAGAUCGUGGAGGACGUGCGGGACGAGUGCAGCAAGUACGGGCUGGUCAAGUCCAUCGAGAUCCCCCGGCCCGUGGACGGCGUGGAGGUGCCCGGCUGCGGGAAGAUCUUCGUGGAGUUCACCUCUGUGUUUGACUGCCAGAAAGCCAUGCAGGGCCUGACAGGCCGCAAGUUCGCCAACAGAGUGGUUGUCACAAAGUACUGUGACCCCGACUCUUACCACCGCCGGGACUUCUGGUAGAGGCGGCGGGGGUGGGUGGGGCCGGGCUGGCUGGGGGCUACUCCCCCACGCCCCCUCCCUCUUUCCCCCUCCGAAGACGAUGGGCAGAGGAGUGACAGCCGAAUGACAGCCGGCAGCAACUGGAAUGGCAGCAAUUAAGGGUGGGGGGCGGGGCGGGACGGGGACGGGGAAGUGUGCACACGGCCCCCACACACGCACCCACGGACACAGAGGGAAGGGGUCUGGAUGGGAGGGGUGCACGGCAGGGUGGGGUGGGACCCCACAGCCCCUCCCCAAGACCGCCUCUCCUCCCUUACACCCCACCCCUCCCCUUUCCACUGUAGGAACAGCGUGUUUAUAUUUUAUGGCCAAACUUUUGAAUUUUGUUGUCCGGCCCUUUGCCCCCCCCCCCCCCCCCCAGCUCCGCAGCUCCAGCCCUUGGGCCUCUGGCCCUCCCUCGGUUUCUUAACGUAGUUGUUCUCUCCUCCAGCCCCGCGGCCUGCCCCUCCUCCUCUGUGGCGGUUUCAUAUUUGCUAAGACGACUUUGCUCAUUAAACAUUUUGUUGUAUUUUA